AUGCAAUCGCCAUUGAUAAACUAUCAAAAUCGACAUGAUUUACUCGAAAGAAUAGCAUUUAGCACUGGUGGUGCACCCAUCAUUUCCUAUCUUUCACCUUCCCAUAUUACUCAUAAAAAUACUGCUUAUAUUGCUGAACAGCUUUCACUAUGCAUUUUUUUUAAAAUUCCUUUCUUUUUACUCUUUGGAGUUGUACUUUCUUUUAUUGUACUCGUCUCAGUUUCCAAACCUAUUGAAGAUAUCUCUGAUGACAAUGACCUCGAAUUUAAUGUUAAAAACUCUGAUUCUAUCGAUGAAAGUAAAUUUGUUGAUACGGACGUUUAUUUUCCGAGUGACGAUGAAGAAUCUUUUGAGUAA